AGUUGAAUACUACACAAAGCGUGCUGCGUUUUGUUGCUAGGUAACAGUAACAGCUAUAGUGCUUGUAAUUUCUGUAAACAUUCAUAGUUUUUUGAUCGAUAUUGUGUUUAUUGUGCAAGAAAAAUGUCUCUUCCAGCGUCGGACGAAGGCGAGGAAGAACAAGGUACCUAUCUGGGAGAGUACGAAGGCGAAAGAAAUGAGAGAGAAGAGAGACAUGGAAUGGGUAAAGCUAUUCUACCGAACCUAGAUAGCUACACAGGGAUGUAUGAAGAUGGAAGGCGCCAUGGCACAGGAGUUUACAGGUUCAAGAAUGAGGCUCGAUAUACAGGAGAAUAUCAGUAUAACAAGAAACAUGGUCAGGGCACAUUUAUAUAUCCUGAUGGCUCUAAAUACGAAGGUCAAUGGGUGAAGGACCAGAGGUGUGGCUCUGGUACCUACUAUUAUGUCAAUGGUGACGUCUAUACAGGAGAAUGGGAGGAGCAUGUACGACAUGGUCAAGGCUCGUAUAUAUAUGCUGGCACCAAAUCUCAGUACAUUGGUUGCUGGGCCAACGGACGAAUGAACGGCUUUGGAGAGUUGAUCCAUGCUAACCACAAAUAUGUUGGUACGUUCAAGGACGACAAGCCUGAUGGUAUUGGCAAGUAUGUGUUCGAUAUAGGCUGUGAACAACAGGGUACUUACGUGCAAGUAAGAAAGGAUCAAGAUUUAAGUCUCUUUGAAGAAGAAGAAAUAGCUCAGGUGACAAUCCCAGUUUGGAUAGCUGGAGCAACCACAGGUUUACAUUUGAAACCAUCUCAAGAAGAAUUACCUGUGGAACAUAUCGAAGAAGAAGAAGAAGCUAAAGAGCCAGAAGUACUAGAAGAAGAAGGAGAAGAGAAAGAAGCGGAGCCUGAGAAAACAGAAGAAAGCAGCGACAAUACUGAUCCCGAAGCUGAAACUAUUCUUCUUGGACAAGGUGAUGUUCCACAAGCCAGUCUUGAAGAUAAUGAUGCCGAAGACGAGGAUGAAGUUGAUAUUCCGCAAGAAGACUAGAGACAUUUAUA